CUACCUCCCCCUCAAGCCCACAUCUAGGGUCGCCUACUCUCACUUGACGGUCUCUGCUAGGCCUACCCUGUCGAACUGUUGGCUUUUUGAGAGGAGAUUCUCGCGAUUGUUGAACUUUUCGGAGAGUUAAUGGAAGAUGGCGCCUGUUGUGACAGGGAAAUUUGGGGAGUUAACAACACAGCCAAAACGUCUAACGAGGGAAGCAAUGCGCAAUUAUUUGAAGGAGCGAGGGGAUCAGACGGUGCUCAUAUUACAUGCGAAAGUUGCGCAAAAGUCAUAUGGAAAUGAAAAAAGGUUUUUUUGCCCCCCUCCUUGCGUUUACCUGAUGGGUUGUGGCUGGAAGAAGAAGAAGGAGCUGAUGGAAAGGGAGGGCUGCUCAGAUCAAGAGGCCCAGCCAUGUGCCUUCAUUGGCAUUGGCAACAGUGAGCAGGAGAUGCAACAACUCAACCUAGACGGGAAGCACUUUUGCGCUGCAAAGACACUGUACAUAUCGGAUUCCGAUAAGAGGAAACACUUCAUGCUUUCGGUGAAGAUGUUCUACGGGAACAGUGCUGACAUUGGUGUCUUCCUCAGCAAGAGAAUCAAGGUCAUCUCCAAGCCAUCGAAGAAGAAGCAGUCACUGAAGAAUGCAGACUUGUGCAUUGCUUCCGGGACCAAGGUGGCGUUGUUCAACCGGCUUCGGUCUCAGACGGUCAGCACACGCUACCUGCAUGUGGAGGGUGGCAACUUUCACGCCAGUUCGCAGCAGUGGGGGGCCUUCUACAUACACCUCUUGGAUGAUGAAGAGUCAGAAGGAGAGGAGUUUACUGUGAGGGACGGCUACAUCCACUAUGGUCAGACUGUGAAACUAGUGUGCUCAGUUACUGGCAUGGCUUUGCCUCGGCUGGUCAUUCGCAAAGUUGACAAGCAAACAGCCUUGAUGGAUGCAGAUGACCCUGUGUCACAGCUGCACAAGUGUGCGUUCUACCUGAAGGACACGGAGAGGAUGUAUCUAUGUCUUUCCCAGGAGCGCAUCAUCCAGUUCCAGGCAACGCCUUGCCCCAAAGAGGCAAACAAAGAGAUGAUCAAUGACGGAGCAUCGUGGACAAUCAUCAGCACAGACAAAGCAGAGUACACCUUCUAUGAAGGCAUGGGCCCUGUGCCCACAUCAGUGACACCGGUACCGGUGGUGGAGAGUUUGCAGUUGAAUGGAGGUGGAGACGUUGCCAUGUUAGAACUAACGGGUCAAAACUUCACCCCACACCUCCGCGUCUGGUUUGGGGAUGUAGAGGCUGACACCAUGUACAGGUGUGGGGAAAGUAUCCUGUGCGUGGUGCCCGACAUCUCUGCCUUCCGGGAGGGCUGGCGGUGGGUGCGGCAGCCGGUGCAGGUGCCGGUCACGCUCGUGCGUAACGACGGCAUCAUCUACUCCACGGCGCUCACCUUCACCUACACGCCGGAGCCCGGGCCGCGGCACCACUGCGGCGCCGCUGCUGCCAUCCUUAGGGCCUGCAUGAGCAGCACCGCAGCCUCACCCUCUUCAUCAUCGUCAUCAUCCUCCUCUGCAGCAAGCCUUAGGAUGCCCUCCAGUACAGACAGCUAGGCAUGCCACCCUGGGCAGCCCUGCAGUGUCUCCUUCUCCUCAUCCUCAGCUGUGUGUGCGUGUGCGUGUGCGUGUGCGUGUGCGUGUGCGUGUGCGUGU